AUGAGUUUCCUCAACCGGUUGCAACGAUUUAGAUUGUACAGACACUCUUUUACAAAUCCAGCCGAGUUUGCUGCGGAAUUGAUUGCGAUACCGACAACGGUGGCCAAACUACACGGUUCUCACAUUUUCAGUAGUGGCUUCACUGCAAUAAAUCGGUACAUGGUCGUGUCCUCGUGUUACAUGAUGUUAUUCUCCUUUAUGACCUUCAUCACGGCCUACGAAAUGCGCAACGACUCCGAAGGUUUAAUCUUCGCCCUGGUGACAUUCGGAACCGGUAUCCAAUGCCUUGGAAAACUUUGUACCUUUCUGUAUUUUCGAAAGAAUCUCUACUGGAUGCACAGUUACACAUUGGAUCUUUACAAAGAGGAAUGUAAUCCACGCACGAAGACCAUGUUGAUGAAUAGAGUGUUUCUGUUAAGUGUCAUAUUGAAAACAAUGCUGGUGAGUUACGUGUUCACUAGUGCUGUGAUGAUAGGGGUACCUGUUUUCUAUUCCUGGAAGUUCGGGGAAAAGAUUCUGCCAUUCGGAUUCUAUGUGCCGUACGUAAAUCACGAUACUUGGAGCGGCUAUUUAUUGAACUACGUGGUUCAUAUAAUUGCUACCUCCUAUGCCUUUUCCGCUUCAUACGGAGGAGAUGGCGUCUGCAUCAUUCUUUUGAUGAGCUCCUUCAUUCAGAUUGAUCUCCUGAUAGCUUCGUUGAAGGAAGUUAACCAACAGCUCGAGGCCAAUGGCAAAGAUGUAGGAGAAUUGCUCAAAAAAAUCAUUCAACGGCAUCAGGAACAUUUGAAGUUUUUUCGGAAUGCGGAGGACACAUUGUGCUCUAACUUCUUACUAACCUUCUCCAGUCUUGCAACAGUUCUUGUGCUGUCUUUCUAUGCAGUUUUGGUGCUCUCCUGGUACCAAGGAUACGUAUUUAUAGGCUUUGUAAGCUAUCAGCUUCUGUUUUGCUGUUUUAUGGGAACAGUGCAGGAAAUGAAGAACGAACAGCUGGAGCGAGAAAUUUACAAUUUCACGUGGUACAAGCUUCCGAUCAGUCAACAGAAGUCACUGCUACUGAUGCUCCAGCGGGCUCAGAAUCCUAUUCCUCUUACGCUCAUAUUCGGUUAUGUAAACAUGCCGACGUUUCUGCAGAUUUAUAAAACAAUUUACAGUGUUUUCGCAAUGUUACUGAGAGUACAGGAGGAGUAG